AGCAUUAAGCGGGAAAUGACCUUCACAUUUCAACCAGAGGACUUAAAACGUGACUCUAGUAAAAAAAUGUCUCAUCAACACUUGUUUCCCUUGGCCAUGGAGGAAGAUGUGAAAACAGCAGACACCAAAAAAGCCAACCGAGCCCUUGACCAUGAAAAAGAAAACACUCGCUCCAUCUGUCUCCUUGAGCAAAAACGGAAAGUUGUUUCUUCCAAUAUUGAUGUUCCUCCAGCAAGGAAAUCUUCAGAGGAACUGGACAUGGACAAGGUAACAGCAGCAAUGGUACUAACCAGCUUGUCCACCAGCCCUUUGGUUCGAAGCCCACCCGUGCGGCCGAAUGAGGGCCUCAGCGGAUCCUGGAAGGAGGGAGGAGGCGUGCCUUCCAGCAGUAGCAGCAGCGGCUACUGGAGCUGGAGCGCCCCCAGCGACCAGUCCAACCCGUCCACGCCGUCGCCGCCGCUGUCCGCCGACAGCUUCAAGCCCUUCCGCAGCCCCGCGCCGCCGCCGCCGCCGCCCGACGACGGCAUCGACGAGGCGGAGGCCAGCAACCUGCUCUUCGACGAGCCUAUCCCCAGGAAAAGAAAGAAUUCUAUGAAGGUGAUGUUCAAAUGCCUGUGGAAGAACUGCGGGAAGGUGCUGAGCACUGCGGCGGGGAUCCAGAAACACAUACGGACCAUCCAUCUUGGGCGUAUUGGGGACUCCGACUACAGUGAUGGAGAAGAGGACUUUUACUACACUGAGAUCAAGCUCAACACAGACUCAGUGGCAGAUGGACUGAGCAGCCUGGCCCCAGUGUCACCGUCUCAGUCCCUGGCUUCGCCUCCCACUUUCCCCAUCCCAGAUUCAAGCCGAACAGAGACUCCUUGUGCCAAAACUGAGACUAAACUGAUGACACCCUUGAGCCGCUCAGCUCCCACCACCCUCUACCUCGUGCACACCGACCAUGCUUACCAGGUGACUAGCGAAGGACCGCCACGCCCCCCCGUGACCAUUCCAGGAUCGGCCAAGUUCACCCCCAACGGUAGCAGCUUCAGCAUUUCUUGGCAGUCUCCUCCGGUUACCUUCACGGGCAUUCCAGUGUCACCAACACAUAAUCAUCCAGUGGGCACAGGAGAGCAGAGACAGCACACUCACACGGUCUUGUCCUCGCCACCCAGAGGGACGGUCAGCCUAAGGAAGCCCCGGGGAGAGGGCAAGAAGUGCCGCAAGGUGUAUGGCAUGGAGAACCGGGACCUGUGGUGCACGGCGUGCCGCUGGAAGAAGGCAUGCCAGAGGUUCACUGACUGACCCCUGGGGCCCCCGAGCCCCGCUGCCCUCGCCUUCCACUGCAGGCUCUGGAAAAGCGCUUUUUCUUCCGAACAA